AUGUAUCCUUUUCUCGACUUCCUCUGCUGCUUCCACGACCGCAAACCCGCCCCAAAGCCACACCCACACAAACCACCCGCACCCACGCAGCCCCAGAGGCACAACACUCUCCCCUCGAUCCCUCCUCGCGCCGCCACCGCGCCCAAAUCCCCGCCCCGCCCCCGCCCCAAAGGCCUCCUCCAAACCCUCAGCUACCGCACCAACCCGCCCUCCAAGAGCCCCGACAUCCCGCCCGACAACAUCUUCGUCCCAAUCCAGCCCGAUGCCAUCCUCCCGCAGAUCCCCAUCGGCGACCACCACCCCGUGCCGCGCACGGGCAUCGAAGACCCGCACUCGCGCACCCUCCACACCAACGGCUUCUACGCGAACGCGUUCCUCGGCGGCCAGAACCAGCCCGUGUGGACGCACCCGUACAGCGUGUGGUGGGGCAAGGGCGCGCAGGACGUCGGCGUGCUGCAGACGUGGGGGAUGAACGUGGGGUGUGUCGAGGAGGGGGAUGUGGAGUACGGGCCGGGGGAGCCGCCGAAGGUGUUUAGUUGCCCGCGGAAACAGUGCUUAGUGCUGUCGGCGGCGGAGCUGGGGGCGCUGACGCGGUUGUCGACAGAUUCGCAUUUGCCGUUCUCGGUGAAUAUUAAUCUGGGGCUGGACGGCGGGGAGGGCGGGUUGAGGGUCUCGUUUCCGGUCGUCCAGGGCAUGGCGUUUGUGACUGCUGGGUACCGGGGCGCGACGCCGACGGUUCAGACCGGUGGGCGGGGGUUUGUGGAGGUCAACAAGCCGGUCAUGAUGGGCAGGGUGGCGAAGUAUAAGGCGAAAGACUUCGGUGGAAGGGACUGGCUGAUCUACGUCAGUCCGUUGGCGAGCACGACGUAUGAUGCUGGCGCGUUCGUCAAGAUCGACGCCAGCACGCUCAUGGGCCCGGCGGGUUUCAACGGCACGAUUCAGGUGGCGAGGAACCCGCUGGGCGCCAAAAGCGAAUCGAUCUACGACAACGCCGUUGGGACGUUUCCGAUCGAGGCAACGCUCACUGCCGUGGUUAACGAGGCCAAGGCUACGUACUCGUUCAGCUACACGAAGAUCGGUGCCUCGCCAUUACUGAUGUUUGCUCUGCCGCACCACAUCCAGUCUCUUGAUCCCGAGCUCAGACUAAAAGUCACGGAGCUGCAGCUGCGCACGUCGACCAAGGGCAUGGCAACGGCAGUGUGGGCCGAGAAGCUUUCCUUCAUCGAGACCAACCUCCCCGUCACCAUGUCGUUUGGCCCCUGGAACCCCACCAUGAGUGCCAACGCGAAGAUCCGCUUCCCCCCGGAUGUUCUCUCCUUCAUUUCGUCGAUAGCAGAGCACGACCUGCGACGCGCCAUGAGCAGCCCCAUUCCACUCGACUCGUACUACUACGCCGGCAAGUCCCUCUCCGGAUUCGCAACUCUUGUUUGGGUUAUCAAGGAGGUGCUGGGGCUCGCUGAGGUUGCCAAUGCCGGUCUUACGAAGCUGAAGCAAGAGAUGGCAAAGUACGUCCAGAACCAGCAGCGCUACCCGCUCUACUACGAUGACAGCUGGAAGGGGGUGGUGUCGAAUGCCGGAUUCGCCGACUCGGGUGCGGACUUUGGCAACACGUACUACAACGACCACCACUUCCACUUCGGCUAUUUCGUCUACACGGCCGCGGUCAUUGCGUUCCUGGACCCGGAGUGGCUGACGCAGGGCCACAACAAGGCAUGGACGAACAUGCUGGUGAAGGACUUCGCCGAGAGCGACUACAAGGGCCGCGACUUCCCUUUCUCACGCAGCUUCGACUGGUGGCACGGCCACAGCUGGGCCAAGGGCCUAUUCGAAAGCGCCGACGGCAAAGACCAAGAAAGCACCAGCGAAGACGGCUUCGCCAGCUUCGCCCUCAAGAUGUGGGGCAAAGUCACCGCAGACGCCAACAUGGAGAAGCGCGGCUCCCUCAUGCUGGCCCUGCAAGCCCGCUCCUUCAACACCUACUUCUACCUGACUUCUGCUUCCGUCCAGCCCCCGCGCUUCCUCCCCAACAAAAUCUCAGGCAUCCUCUUCGAAAACAAAAUCGACUACGCGACUUACUUCGGCGACUCCCCCGCCCUCAUCCACGGCAUCCACAUGGUCCCCCUCAGCCCGGCGUCCGCGCUCCUGCGCCCCCGCUCCUUCGUCAAAGAAGAAUGGGACGCCAAGUUCAGCGACGGCCGCGCGGUGCGCGACGGGCCCGACGGCGUCGAGGGCCCCUGGCGCGGCGUCUUGCAUGCGAAUCUCGCGCUGCUGGACCCCAAAGCGAGUUUUUCUUUCUUCAGGGAUGGGGUCGCUGGGUUCUGGAGCGAUUUGUGGAUCGAUGGGGGCGCGAGUCGGACGUGGUAUUUGGUGUUUGCGGCGGGGUUGGGGGAGCUGGGGAGGGGUGGGCGGUAG